AUGGUUAAGGUGUUAUACUCCAAAAUGACCACCCUCAACCAACGCACCUCGGCCCUCACAACCAUAGUCCUCAACAACCUCCAACACCAACACGACUGGACCGCCCUUCACCCCCACACCCAGCCCAACCUCCCCCGGACCCUCCUCUACGGCCUGCCCCCCAAACGCCUCUACGUCCACCCGGACGAGCAGGUGGAGAUCAUCAGAGCAGAAAAAGAAAUGGGCAACGGGGGGGAACGUAUCCCGCAGGAAGCAGAGCUAGAAUGGGUUCUACCUCUCCACCUCUCGGAGAAAUGGUCCCCAGCUCAGUUCGCCGCCGUCUUUGAUGCUUUGGACGCCAGACCGCCUAGAUCGAGGGAGAUUACAAAGGAGGAGGAGGAGAGGUCACCCUGGUUGGCGUAUAAAGGGUCGAGGAGGGGGAAGAGGGUGUUGUUGGCUACGGUGCAGGAUGAUUCGACUGUUACUUAUUACUGGAUGCAUGAUGGGUUGGUGAAGCCGAGGCAGAAUUGAAUUUUUUUUUUAUAUAUUUUUUCAUUGUUAUGACAGUAGUGGAAAGGGGAGAGGGAGAGGACUUAAGGCUCGAAAAUCACCUUUUGCACCUUCAUGUUGUCAAAGAGGUCGUAACCCUCCACUGCGUCGGAAAGGGGCAUGAUCUUGUCGAACAUGAAGCUAUUCUCAUCGUCAGCAUAUCACCCACCAUCUCCCAGGAGCAGCAGCAAAGUAACAUACCUCACCCGAUCCUGGUUCUUGGCCAGAACAGGCAGCGCCUCCUCGAAGAUCGACCUGACAGGGCACCGUCCCAUUUGAACCCUCAAGUUUUUACUAUUAUCCCCCAUCGUCAGCCUUUUGUUCCCUCUUUCAGUCGUAAUCUCACAGAACUCACCCAUAAGCCUCAUCCCCACCCCACGGAAUCUCCCCAUUGUGCACCCCAAUACUACUCACGACCCCAAACGGCCUCAACACCUCAAACGCGGUCCUCAACGCAGGACUCAACCCCACAACCUCCACCACCGCGUCCGCCCCCCUCCCCUCCGUCACCUCCCUCACCCUCUUUACAAUCCCCUCCCUACCAAGCUCAUUCAAAUCCAACGGCUCCGCCCCGAGCUCCCUCGCCAAUUCCAACCUCGACUUGACCCCAUCAACAGCAAAAAGCUUCUUGGGUUUAUACUCCAUCGCACUGAUGAUCGCACACAACCCCACAGGCCCACACCCAAUAACCACCACCGUCGCCUCUGUCGCCUCCUGCUUCUGCAGCUGACUAAACGCGUUCUUUGCGCCAAAGUACCCCGUCGGAAAAAUAUCCGCCAUGAGGAUGAGGGCCCGGUCGGGGAUGAUAUCAGACGGGGGAGCGACGGUUAGGGUUCCUGGGCCGAACGGGACGAGGACGUACGCGGCCUGGGCGCCGUCUAACUUUUCGGAGCCGAAUAACAGGGAGUGGGCGCAGCGGGAGGAGUAGCCUAGGUUGCAGUAGAAGCAGUUCAUGCAGGAGGUUGUGAAGGGGGAGACGACCUUGUCGCCGAUUUUGAGGGA